AUGAUUAACUUCGGCGUCAGAGAGGUCGCAAAUUCGAGGGCUACAGCCGCCCCAGGAUGGGCCUAUGUUCCUGAUACCAGCGUCAAUGCUUCGGUCACAGCCUUACAGCCUUCUUCCCGCACACGCGUUCGCAACCAGCCCACAGCAAGCCUGCAUGAGACCACCGCAAAACAAGAGGCGAAGAUCCUACGAGAGCUUGCUGCUCUGGACCGCGAGAACCACCGUGACGUCUCUAUCCCGGUGCCAAUACGGCAUAAAGACAAUGCUGGACGAGUAAGCCAUGGCAAAAGCACUCCCGCCGUCCGCAAGAUCCUUCAGUCCCAAAAGACCUUCGCAAACCAUCUCUCCGACUUCGAAGCUUUCUCGUCUCUCCCUGUGCCCUCCCAGCCUACAGUUUCAACACCAGCUGCACCAGCUGUACGAGCCACGCCCACUUUAACAGGGCUAGCAGCAGCCGCAACUGCCCCUCAUCUCACCAGCAAAGGGACCCGUUCUCACAAGAAGAAAGACCUAAAUACAGUCUCGACACCGACCCCGCUCCGCAAAGUCUCCACCGCCUCCCAAUCCUCCACACCUCUCCCCAUUAAAUCUGAACCCAGCCAAGAUAUCCCCAUGCCCGACGCCCCCCUGCUCUCCCAGGGGAACUCCACAAUUCCUACCCCUCACCCAGGAGACAAAGAUCCGUUGCUGGUAUCGAGGAUACCGACAAUGCCCGCACAAGAGGAGAUCGAGAAACUUUUGGCCGCGCCGCCAAUGACUUAUAACGAGGCGAGAGGACCAUGGGUGUACGAGGAUAGGAUGAAGCCGAUCAGGCAGUUUUGUGAGGUUUGUGGGUAUUGGGGGAGGGUUAAGUGUAAAGGGUGUGGAGGAAGGGUUUGCGCUUUGGAGUGUUUGCAGGUUCAUCAGGAGGAGUGCUUUACUAGGUAUGGUGCAUAA